AGGGAUAUUCUGGACCGCGCGUUUGUUACGUACUAGUUCUCCGCGUGAGUUCUACUAGAUAACAUUACUAUAUAUUAUUAAAAAAAAAAUUAUUUAUUAUAUUUUUUUUAAUAUAUACUAUUAUUAUUAAUAUUUUUAUCUUUUUUUUUUAUUUAAAAGAACAGAAAAAAAAACUGUGCUGUGUGUGCUCAGUUAUUUUAUAUGUAUUGCAAAAAUUAAUAUAUGUGUUUUUGUUGUUUUUAAAUUUUUAUAUUUGAAUUAAAAAAAAAAAAAUUUAUUAAUAUAUCAAUUUUGAAGGUGAAUUUAAAUUGCUUAUAUAGUUUUUUUUUUUUUUAUUAAUUAUUUUUUUUAUUUAUUGAAUGGAUAUUUUUAAAGAAAAAAAUACAAAAAAACACGUGACACAAUGAACGGAAUAAUAACGGAUUAUAAUGAGGAAGCUGAAUCGACGUAACGUUCUAAGCCAGGAUGGCCAGUUGGCGGCUGAGAGCUGUUUUACUGUUCAGUACCAUCGUUCUCGUUUACGGACGAGGAACAGUGCUGGACAGUCAAGGUCCAAUAUUAAUAUCUGAGCCUCGGUCAACUGUAGAAUUUUCAAAUGACACUGGUGCCAUGUUACAUUGUUCAGCCCAUGGUAGUCCUGGACCACGUGUUGAUUGGCUUAUGGGUGAUGGUUCACCAGUUCAUCCAAUUCCAAAUAUACGUGAAUUACUUGUUAAUGGUUCAAUGUAUUUUUUACCAUUUGGAGCUGAAAGUUAUAGACAUGAUGUACAUUUUUCAUCAUACAGAUGUCAAGCAUCAAACAGUGUUGGUAGAAUUCUUGGAAGAGAAAUUAAUGUCAAAGCUGUGGUUCGUCAAAAGUAUCAAGUUGGCAUCAAGGAUGCUCAUGUGUUAGCUGGAAAUACAGGUGUGUUGAGAUGUGAUAUACCAACACAUGCUAAAGAAUAUGUUGCUGUAACAUCAUGGGUACAAGAUUCAGCUUUUAAUAUAUAUCCAGCACCAGAAAGUGAUGGAAAAUAUCACAUGCUACCAACUGGAGAAUUAUUGGUAUUUGGUGUCACACCUGCUGAUACUCAUUAUGGAUAUCGAUGUAGAACCGUCCAUCAUGUUACUGGAGAAACUGUUGAAAGCUCCAAUCAUGCUCGACUUAUUGUCACUGAACAUCGAAAUCCAGAACCACCGAGAAUCAAUGAAAGAGUUAAUCCAGCACCAAUAAGAACUGGUGAAACAAUUGUUUUAUCUUGUAUAUCACAGGGUAAUCCACCACCAAUGUAUCAAUGGUUUCGUGAAUCAAUAACUGGUACAGAUGUUAUUAUUAAUUCAGAAAGAAUUCAUUCACGUGCUGGUGUACUUGUUAUACAAUCAGCAAGAAAUGAAGAUUCUGGUAGAUAUGUUUGUCAUGUUAAUAACACUGCUGGAUCUGAAAGAAUUGAGCUUGAAGUUACAAUUAUAAGUUCAUUGUCCAUUCAUCUAUCACCACAACAGGUGACUAUUGAUCUAGGAAAAGACGCCAAGUUUCAGUGUGCUGUAACUGGACAACCAACUCCACUUAUUUCCUGGGCAAAAGAUGGACUUCCGGUACGUGAAGGAACUGGUAGAAUGAAAGUACUUGGAAAUGGUGGUUCUAUUUUACACAUAUCAACAAUAACAAGAGAUGACAAAGGCAUGUUUCAAUGCUUUGCCAAAAAUGAUUAUGAAAUGAUUCAAGCAACUGCUGAACUUCGACUUGGUGAUGCUGCACCUCAACUUGUAUAUAAAUUUAUAGAACAGACUAUUCAACCUGGACCAUCGGUGUCCCUGAAGUGUAUAGCAACGGGUAAUCCAACACCCCAUUUCACAUGGACCCUGGAUGGAUUUCCACUGCCUCAAAACGACAGAUUUAUGAUUGGACAGUACGUGACUGUUCAUAGUGAUGUUAUAUCACAUGUGAAUAUCAGUACAGUUCGUGUUGAAGAUGGAGGUGAAUAUCGUUGCACAGCUGUUAAUCGUGUUGCAAAAGCUCAUCACUUGGCACGUUUAAAUAUUUAUGGUUUACCACAUGUUCGUCCAAUGGGUAACUAUGCAGCAGUUGCUGGUGAAACAACCAUCAUCAAAUGUCCCGUUGCUGGAUUUCCAAUAGCCAGUAUAACAUGGGAAAAAGAUGGACAAGUAUUACCAACAAGUAGACGACAAGAGGUAUCAUCAAAUGGCACACUCGUUCUCUACAAUGUUGAUAGUAGUACAGAUCGUGGUUCUUACACAUGCACUGCCAAAAAUAAACAAGGCCACUAUGAUUCAAAAACAGUUCAAAUAGAAGUAAAAGUACCACCUAGUAUAGCACCAUUUAGCUUUAACAAGGAUUUAUCAGAAGGUGUUAGAGCACAAGUAACAUGUGUCAUUGAAAAAGGUGAUCCACCAUUUACGAUAACAUGGGCAAAAGAUGGUGAUAAAUUAUCUGGUUCAUCAACAACAAAUUAUGGCAAUCAAUUAAAUACAAAUAAUCAUAAAAAUUCAUUAACAAAUGGUAUUAUUGGAUUACGUUUUACAAGUAUGGAUCCACAUUCAAGUACAAUAUUAAUUGAUCGUGUUACUGCAAAUCAUGCUGGAAAUUAUACAUGUCUUGCUAGAAAUUCAGUUGCUGAAGUAUCAUCAACUGCACAAUUGGUUGUUCGUGUACCACCAAGAUGGAUAAUGGAACCACAAGAUGUACAUGCACCUGAGGGUAUGUCAAAGCUUGUAUUACAUUGUCAUGCUGAUGGUUUUCCACCACCAGCAGUUACAUGGAGACGUGGUACUGGUACAAGACCAGGAAGUUAUCAUGAUAUAACAAGUCAUGAACAUGCACAAGAACUUAGAAUACAUUCAAAUGGUUCACUAAUAUUUGGUAGAGUACAAGAAGAUCAUGAGGGUUAUUAUCUUUGUGAAGCUGUUAAUGGUAUUGGUGCUGGACUUAGUAAAGUUGUUUAUUUAACAGUUAAUGCACCAGCAAGAAUUAUUGAUAAACAUCGUAAUCAAACAGCAAGAUUAGGCUCACGAGCAUCAUUAAAAUGUGAAGCUAAAGGUGAUCAUCCAUUAAAUAUCGUAUGGCGACGUGCUGGUUCACAGCUAGAUUCAGCAGUAUCUGAUUAUCGAUAUAUGAUCAAAGAAAUGAAUACAACUGAUGGUGCUGUUAGUAUACUUGAAUUAAUUAGUACAUCUAGAGAAGAUAGUGGACGUUAUUUUUGUACAGCAUCAAAUGCUUAUGGUGGUGAUGAAAUGACAAUGCAUUUAUACAUACAAGAACCACCAGAUUUUCCAAGAAAUAUUCAUGUACUGGAAAAAGAAAGUCGUUAUAUUAAAUUAGGAUGGACAAGUAGUCAAGAUGGAAAUAGUCCAAUAACUCAAUAUAUUAUUGAAUAUAAAACAGAUUCAGAAGUAUGGCAUGAUCAUACAUUUCAUGCAACUGUACCAGGUAUACAAACAUAUGGCCAUGUCAAUGGUUUACGACCAGCAAUGACAUAUCAAUUUCGUGUAUUUGCUGAGAACGAAUUGGGUCGUAGUCAAGCAAGUGAUAUAUUAGAUGUUACAACUGAAGGUGAAAAACCAGGUGGACCACCAAGAAAUCUUAAAGUUGAAGCAAUAAGUUCAACUGAAUUUAAAAUAACUUGGGAUCCACCUGAUCAAGAUCUUUGGAAUGGUGAAAUUCUUGGUUAUCAUGUUGGCUUUAAAGAGCACCGAUUAUCAGCUGAACAGUAUACAUAUAAAACUGUUGAAGGACGACCAAUCACUGCCAGUGCAACACUUGGUCUUGCAAGAACAGCAAUACCAGGUCGUCAAUGUCAACUGACAAAUUUACGUAAAUUUACACGUUACAGUAUUAUUGUUCAAGCAUACAAUGCCUUAGGUCCAGGACCAAUGACAUCGGAAAUUGUUGGAACAACACUUGAAGAUGUACCAAGUAGUCCACCACAAGAUAUUAGAUGUACAGCAUUAUCAUCACAAUCAUUACAAAUAUCAUGGGAAACACCACCAGAGACAAGUUUAAAUGGUGUACUACGUGGUUUUAAAGUAUUAUGGGAAAGUAUGGAUUUAUCAAUUGAAACAUCAAAAUCAGAUACAAAAAUAACAACAGCAUUAACAGCUGUUAUAAAUAAUCUUGAAAAAUAUACAAAUUAUUCAAUUCAAGUAUCAGCAAUGACACGUCCUGGUGAUGGUAUAUCAUCAUCACCAAUAUAUUGUAUGACUAAAGAAGAUUUACCAGAAAUACCAGCUGGUAUUAAAGCUGUUGCAAAUACAAAUGAAUCAAUUAUUGUAUCAUGGUUACCACCAUUAAAAACAAAUGGUAUUAUAACAUCAUAUUAUGUUUAUAUAAAAAGUGAGGAAAAUGAUGGUAAAUGGUAUAAACAAACACUUCGUGCACAUAAAACAAUUUAUCGAGCUGAAAAUUUACAUAAAAGAACACAGUAUUCAUUUCAUGUUGCUGCUGUUACGUCUGUUGGUGAAGGACCUAAAACACAUUCUGUUACAGCAUCACCAUCAAGUCAUGUUCAUGCAGCAAUUUAUUCAUUUGGUAUGAGUGCAAUUGUACCAUGCAAACAAGAUGUUACAUUGUCUUGUCAAAGUGUUGGUAAACCAUCAAUUUUAUGGAAACAAUGGGGUCAAAUUGUCAAGACAUCUGGUAGAAUAACAAUUCACAAUGAUGGAUCAUUACAUAUAUCUGAUCUUCAUCGUGAAGACAGUGGCAAUUAUACUUGUCAUGUUGAAAAUUCCCAUGGUUCUGAUCAAAUUACUCACAGGCUUACAGUUCAAGUUCCACCAUUAACACCAUUAUUAUUAGCAACAAGUACAACAAGUCAUUCAAUAAGUGUACAAUGGAAACCAGGUGAUGAUGGUGGUUCAAUAAUAAGAGGAUAUAUAUUACAUUAUAAAAGAAAAUUUGGUGAAUGGGAAGAAGUUAAAGUAUCAAAUAAAAUAAAUGGUUAUUUAUUAUCACAAUUAUGGUGUGGUACUGAAUACCAAAUAUAUUUAACAGCAUAUAAUAAAAUUGGUAUGGGUAAACCAAGUGAAUUUGUAAAAGCAACAACAAAAGGUUCAAAACCAGCAAAUACACCUGGUAAUGUUGAUAAAUUUAUAACAGUUAAUAUAUCAUGGAUUGUAUUACAUUUAAGUUUAUGGAAUGAUGGUGGUUGUCCAAUAACAUGGUUUGAACUUGAAUAUAAAAAAAAUGAAGAAGAAUUAUGGACACUUGUUUCGAAUAAUAUUGAGAUAUUAAAAUCUUAUACAUUGAGUGAACUUCAACCAGGUACGACUUAUGAUAUUCGUGUACGUGCUCAUAACAAUGCUGGUUCAUCAGUUGCUGAAUAUAAAAUAACAACAUUGAGACCUCAUAUAACAACGACACUGCCAACUAUUGAAAUUGAUCAAUAUAUACCACAACAAACAUCAGCUUUAGCUGAUCUUAAAUUAAUUAUUCCUCUUGUUCUUUGCUCAUUUGCAAUUAUUGCUAGUGCUGGUGCAAUUUUUUACUGUUUUCGUAAACGUCAUUUGUUAGGAGACAUCGCCAGUCUUCAUGAUGCUCAAACUGCUGCUGCUCUUGAUAAUAAACAAAAUAUGGAACAACGAGAACAAUAUUAUGCAACUGUUAGAAAACCAUUGAGAUCACCUUGUCAUGAAAUGGGUACACUUGAAAGAAUUCCAGAAUAUUCAGAAGAUAUUUAUCCAUAUGCAACAUUCCAGUUGAAAGAGAGUGUACCACCUGGUGGUGAUAGCCGUUGUGAAUCAGCUGCACCACUUCAAACUUUUGUAUAUCAUGAUCCAAUGCUCUCGGCAGCCGAUACACUACAAUUGCGAGAGCCGGAUUGCAACCGGUACACAAUGAUACGAGGAGGUCGUUCUUCCUCUGCACCAUUGCAUAAAUUUCACAAGGCCAUUCACGGCAAGUCCGAGUCGGAGGAAUACGACACCCUGGGCUCGGACAGUGACACUGAAGUCGGGACCAGCAGCCGAACCGAGUCUUCCAAUCACCUCGUCGAUUCGCACCACUCGGUAUUUACCACCGAGACGCGUGUCCACAACAUCAUGUACCAUGGACCAGAAUCUAGCACGUCUACGGAACCCUCACCAAUAUUUGAGAGAAAAUCGUUUUCUGGAAGGGGAAGACCAAAGAUGUUACAGUUGGCGCGUUAUACCGGCCAGGAGACCCGUACCAAGUUCGGGACAGUCCCAAAGCCUGGUAAUACCAAGCACAAGUCGAUUAAUGUCAUCAAGCAGCAUUCGGAACGGGGUCAUGCAGGAUCAGGAAACUUGUUCAUCCCCCAAUUGGAACCACCUACAGGCUUCUCCGACACGCUUGAGCUAAGUGAAGCUGAAUGUGAUCUUGAUCGUGGACCUGGUCAACGUAAUAUGCGUGAUUUUGUCAUUGCAGUGUAAAUAAAUGUGUAAAAGUUAUCCUCUAUUUACCCAUGUCCAAAAAAUUUUAAAACAAAAAAAUUUCAUUAAUAAUAUCAAUCACCUUAUUCCAUUUUUCCCCCCAACGAAAAAAUAAAUUAAAUUAUAUUAAUAAAUAACGAAAUAAAUUUAACGAUAAAUUGUGUAACAUUCAAGUGUGUCAAUGUAAGCUCAUGCAUCAGUCUAAACUACGAAAACUAUAAUUAAUAAAAAAUAAAAACAAAAAAACGAUAUAUUGAUGUAAGACUACAAAAAAAAAUGUUUUAAAAAAUAUUUGCUGUUGAAAAA